AGUGCGAGUCGAGCUAUGGCCCGUCCUGAGUCACGGCUCUCCGCUCAUCUAUCUGUGUACAACCUUCAAGGCCUUUCCAUUAUAUUUCCAUCCCAUUCUCUCGCCAAGGCUCGCCAUCGAUAUUCCGAUCCCCGUCCCCCUUACAUCGUUCUCCGAUGCGCACGUCUCAUGUCAACCCACUAUGCUCUUCCUUGUUGAACUUCAGCACAAUUUUACGCAUUUUGAGUGCUU